CUCUCCCCCUCCCCGCUCCUCUCUCCUCUCUCGAUCCCCCUCCCCCUCGAUCGGAUCCUCCCCCCCUUCUCUCUCUCUCUCUUACUCUCACCCUCUCCCCCUCUCGAUCCAAGCCGAAACCCUAGCUUCUCUCCUCGAUCCCUUGCCCUAAUGGCUUCUCCUGGUUAACACCUCCAUCAGCGGUGCUCCAGAUCCUGCUCCAGAUCCUGCGGGGGACGCCUCGUGACCUACGGCGGCGGCGGCGCCGCCGUUCCCAUCGCCUCCGCCGAGCCGUCUGAUCCGAUGGUCUGCACCUACCAUUGCCGUCAGAUGGUUAAAUCGGAGUUCAUGGUAGCUUUCAACACUUUAGAGAGGCAAGUCGGUGACUAUCAAGCUAGACUGGAGACACUGCACGAACAACUAUGCAGGAGUGGAUCCGCCGAAAGUGUGAAUUUGAAUCCUUGCUGCUGGGAUUUGAAUUUUCUCUCAUUGUUGUAAAAGUUUCUCAUCUGGUAAGCAGGAAGGGGGAGAUUUUGUUGCGGCCUGCGUCUCUCCGAAAGGAGAAUGGAUAUAUUGUGUUGGUGAAGAUAUAUUUGGUGUUUGGAGGAAGCAGAAGCUUUCCAACUCCAGAGUGUGAAUUAUUUUGUUUGGAAACUUUUAGAUCAGCUGGAGCUGCGGAAAUUGAAGUGGGAAGCAAGACAUGCAGUGUUUGUUAUUUUUUUGCUACAUUUUGAACAAGUAUUUUUUGUUAGAACUUAUGUUUGAAAUUUAAUUUGAAUUCUGAGAUUGUAAUUUGAGAGUUGAGACUAUU